AUUAUCCGCUUGCCUUCUAUAGAAUAUAGAUAUAGGUGUCCCCUCCCUCGUUACUCACUCACAUAGAUAUGGGUUCUCUGGAUAACCACUCUGUUAAUGGCUUCUCCAUUCCGGCUGACACUGCUGGCAAGAUCAUUACCUGCAAAGCUGCCGUGGCGUACAGCCCUGGCCAGCCCUUGAUCAUCGAGGAUGUGCUGGUGGAUCCGCCUCAGAAGCUGGAGGUCCGAAUCAAGAUCCUCUUUUCGUCAAUAUGCCACACAGAUCUCAGUGCUUGGAAAGGGGAGAGCGAAGCUCAACGUGUUUUCCCUCGAAUUCUUGGCCAUGAAGCCUCUGGCGUGGUUGAAAGCGUGGGAGAAGGCGUGACGGAAAUGGAGGCGGGAGACCUGGUGGUGCCGAUCUUCAACGGGGAAUGCGGCGACUGCGCCUACUGCAAAUCCACUAAGACCAAUCUGUGCAAGAAGUUCAGAGUGAAUCCCUUCAAAAGCGUGAUGGCGGGGGACGGAAAGUGCAGGUUUUCCACCAAAGAUGGGAACCCAAUCUACCAUUUCCUCAACACUUCCACUUUCUCCGAAUACACUGUCUUGGACUCUGCUUGCCUCGUCAAAAUUGACCCACUCGCUCCACUCAAAGAGAUGACCUUGCUUAGUUGCGGUGUUUCUACCGGCCUUGGAGCAGUAUGGAACACGGCCGACGUUCAAGCCGGCGAAACGGUAGCCGUUUUUGGCCUGGGAGCAGUCGGUUUAGCGGUAGUAGAAGGCGCGCGAACUAGAGGUGCGUCAAGAAUUAUUGGAGUUGACAUUAAUGCUGAGAAAUGUAUCAAAGGUAAAGCAAUUGGAAUCACGGACUUUAUAAACCCUAUGGAACUUGACAAGCCUAUUCACGAGAAAAUUCGUGAAAUGACGGAAGGAGGGGUGCAUUAUAGCUUUGAGUGUGCAGGAAACUUGGAUGUUCUCCGCGAAGCGUUUUUGUCAACCAGUGACGGUUGGGGAUUAACGGUGAUUCUGGGAAUCCAUCCGAGCCCACGGCUGCUGCCGCUGCACCCGAUGGAGCUGUUUGACGGGCGGCGAAUGGUGGCGUCGGUGUUCGGGGACUUCAAAGGGAAAUCGCAGCUGCCGUUGUUCGCGAAGCAGUGCAUGGCAGGGGAGGUGAAGCUGGACGAGUUCAUAACUCAUGAGAUGCCCUUUAGCCGCAUCAAUGAUGCCUUCCAGCUCCUCGUCCACGGCAAAUCUUUGAGAUGCCUUCUUCACUUUUGACCUGUUAGUUGUGCGUGCUGUAUGAAUUGCUUUCUACAUAUAUCCUUAGUUAUAAUAUGAAUUGAAGAUGAUGAUGAUCUGUAGUACUCUACUUAGCUUUAAUUUGAAGAAGGCCAUAUGAUAAUGAUCUGUCUACAGUCUGCCCCAUAUGGCUAUAUCUAUAUCUGAUCUAUAUCUAUAGUGUGUUUGGUUGCGAUUUAAUAAUAAGAAUAAUCAGAGAUUUUAUGUAUUAUUAUGGCAAA